AAGUUUUAUCGGAGUUCCUAUGAGAGGAUAAAUUUCCGAAGCUCUUGUAUUAACCAGAACAAGAAUAACUAUAAAUUAUUAACCAAACGGGAGUUCAGGAAUUGGGAGUAUUAUUGUAUUAAUACAUAAUGAUAUGUAAAAAUUGAAGUGUCUGGUCGCAAUAAUAGAGUUUCAAGAGAACUGAAAACUCCAAACUGCGAGGAAUUAUAUGGGUAGCUGUUGUUCUUAGUCUUCUUCAAACUGUUAUCAAGUGAGACUUGGGUUUGUGGAUUGGUCAGGAUUAUGAUAUUUGCCUUUAGAUUCUCAACCAUCAUAAUUGUCUGUGAAAUUUCGAAAAACUUUACAUCAAGUAUCAGUUUCAAAGCCUUCAAUGUCUCUAAGGAAACCCCCACUUCCUCGGCUGCUCCUCAACAAUGUUUCUUGUAUGCGAAAUGCUCAACAAAUCCUGCGUCAUGUGAACGUUUCUGUUCAUGAUGGCGGAGCGCUUCUGCUGACAGGCAGCAAUGGCUCAGGAAAGACCACAUUCCUUCGGAUGUUGGCUGGAUUCUCUAAACCUUCAGCUGGCGAGAUUCUUUGGAACGGUCACGACAUCACAAAAUCUGGAAUCUUUCAGCAGUACAAGCUUCAGCUCAACUGGAUGUCACUUAAAGAUGCUGUGAAGGAGAAGUUCACAGUCCUUGAAAAUGUUCAGUGGUUCGAAGUUCUUGAAGGCAAACAUGGGAACUCUCUGCCUGCUUUGGAGCUGAUGGGGCUUGGAAGAUUGGCAAAAGAUAAAGCGAGAAUGCUUUCAAUGGGGCAAAGAAAAAGGCUGCAGCUUGCAAGGUUGCUUGCAAUUGAUCGUCCAAUAUGGUUGCUUGAUGAGCCUUCAGUUGCCUUGGAUGCGGAAGGGGUGAGGCUGCUCGAGUAUAUCAUUGCAGAGCACAGGAAGAAGGGCGGCAUUGUGAUUGUUGCAACACAUUUACCUAUUCAGAUUGAGGAUGCCAUGAAUUUGAGGCUUCCUGCCAGGUUCCCUAGGCGGAUGACUUUGGUCGAUAUGCUAGAUCGUGCAGACAUUUCAUAAACCUGGAGAAGAAACAAUAUCAUUGCAGACAAUGGAGUCUUAUCAAAAUUAUGGACGAACCCCGAGUUAUAGUUCAACUGGUCUGUGCCGCAUUUGAUUCAAAAGCCAGAAUUACUGAAGAGGCUCUUCAAGCAGUAGAAUUGAAAUGGACGUUUUCUGAAAGAGAUUAUUCAGUUGUAACCACUUGAAUUGUGUUCUUGUUUUCAAAUUCUUUGUUUGAGUGGGAAGAUUGGAACUUAAAACAGAAAUGAAGGUGAAAAUUAUGCAGUUUUUGUGUUUCUCUCACAAAGACUUGGCAUCAUUCAAACAUUAUGUGUGUGUUUGAUCAUCGAUUACAUUAAUAAAUUUGUUAUAUUAGAAAUUGCUAUAUCCGAUAUGAUAUGACAAUUUGUGGUGGUUUCAUUGAUUAUGACAAAAAAACAA